CGCAAUGUGUCACGAACGCAUUUGUUGGCGCCAGCAGCGACUGGAGGCAAAUUUGAUUUGGACUCUGAGCCGACGAAGACAGAAGAAGCCACAGCCAUGACUAGACAAAGCGGUCGCCUGCAGAAGAGAUCUGAAAAUGCUCCAGGGCAGAAAGUUUCUAAGCAAAGCAACAGGAAAAAGGUUCAGCCCCUGUCAAAGCUGCAGUGUGAGAAGAACCAGCUGGUACUUGAAGGUGUCACCAAGCCGUGUAUUGUCAUCGAGAGUCCUGAGAAGAGAGUCAGGAUCGACUGUGACGAGCCGGUCUACCAAGUUCUCCCUGGCAGAGACGCUCUGGUCCGGCCGUCCCCGCUGCCUCACCUCGGAUGGGGCUCUUCUGAAGAUGUGUGGCUGAAGAUGGUCGGCAAGGAGCAGAAUUACAGACACAGUAAGAGCUUCAUGCAGAAACACCUGACCAUAAAACCCAGAAUGAGAUCCAUCCUCCUCGACUGGUUGAUUGAGGUGAGUGACGCGUACACUCUUCACCGGCAGACGUUCUACCUGGCUCAGGAUUACUUCGACCGCUUCAUGUUGACACAGAGCGACGUUGAGAAGGGCGUCCUGCAGCUCAUAGGGAUCACCUGUCUGUUUAUAGCUGCAAAGAUGGAGGAAGCCCGUCCUCCAAAGCUCUCACAGAUGGCCUAUGUGACUGCAGGGACGUACUACGAGGACGAGAUCCUUCAAAUGGAGUUAAUCAUUUUGAAGGCGUUACGUUGGAACCUUUGUCCUGAAACAGCCGUGUCGUGGCUGAAGCUUUACCUCCAGGUGGCGUCGAUGAACGUCAACUCUGACCUGCUGGAGCCGCAGUUUCCUCACGACGCCUACGUCCAAAUGACACGACUUCUAGAUCUUUGUAUCCUCAACAUAAACUCUCUGGACUUCCAGUAUCGAGUGCUGGCCGCUUCAGUCCUGUGUCACUUCCUCCAACAGGAAAAAGUUGAAAAGGUUUCAGGUCUGUCUGACGACGUCCUCCAGCCGUGUCUCACCUGGAUGUCUCCCUUCGCUGUGUCGUUGGGUCGGUUCGGUCGAGCGACACUCAGAGACUUCUCCAGAACGAAAGAAGACGGACACGACGUCCAGACACACUCAGACUACAUGAGCAUGCUGGACGUUGCCAGUGGACAGGAGGUGAACAGUCCGUUCCUCACUCCUCCCAGCAGCAUGGAGAAGAUGUGGGACAUCGACCUGUGAACAGAGGGAACAGAGGACACGGA